AUGGCAUUUGCUGCCUUGAGAGUAUGGCUUUCUUCGAGCCCAUUUUCGCUUUCACCAAGGUGCCUAAGUAGCUUAUCGAGCUCUCCUUCAUUUGGUAUUACUCGACUCGCGCCGAGCAAGCGCGUUCCGGGCUUGACCGGCGUGUUCUGCACGCGCACGGUUAAGAAGUUCGCGCCGCUGGAGAUUCUUCCGGAGGCGUUGCAGGGGAUGCCCGCCGAACGAAUUGCUCAACUCGCCCCUUUUCUCAGCGAGGCCGCCGUGGGCAGCCUGGCGUCGUCGUCCCCCUCCUCCUCGCCUGAAGCUGGGCCGUAUCUCGAGAAUUUAGUCCGUUCCCCUCGCAAAACCGUAUCGUUGCGACGUUUUCUCGCCUUACGCGCCGCGUUCAGCUCGGGGGAUCAUUUUUACAUCGCGACCACCGGGGGGUGGUAUCUGCUGCUGCCGAGCAAUGCAGUCGGGCUUCGCGAUCCGGAGGGGUUGGCGGCCUGGCUGCGGCGUCGCCACCCGCGCCAUCUAGAGGAACUUCCGACGGCCGACAAGGGCGAUCUUCGCCAGGCCGCGGCGCGCGUGAGGCGGGAAAAAGCCGCCGCCCUAGAUCGUCUGGAGCGGGAAGAGGACGUGGCGGACGAGAUGGAUGCCAGGAAGGGGCUGGAAAGGCUCGCGGGUGCGUCUGAGGGUGGAAAAGACAACCCUCCCGCGUCGUCUAGUUUACUCGCGAAUGGGAAUGCCGAGGUGGCAGAAUGGAUGGAGGCGACGCGGGAACAGGGCGAGUGCGGUGGGAAUGUCUCCACGACCGCCCGCGCGCGUUCUUCCAGACGUCGCCGGAAACCCCCUUUGUUUAUCCCCGAGGCGCAUCUUUUUCAAAUCAAUGAUGGGGUUCCAUGGCCGCUUCCGCCACGAGGGGAUCUCGCGCAGUCGGCGUACUGGGCGCAGCACCGCGACCGCAUGGCGGUUUACCGCGAUAACGAACCACCCUCUCAGGGUUUCCCGCGGAAGGCAAAUGUGAUGCUCGACGUGGAUGAUGAGAGUGGGCUGGUUACCCUCAUCCCGAUCAUCGAUCUCCACCCCGGUGAUGAGUUGCUCCUGCACUACAGCUGGGAGUGGUGGACGCAACGGCUGCUCUCCACGCUGCUCCUCGCCGUGGAGGACGCCGAGAUGCGCGAGGUCCGCGAGAUCGAGCGGCUAUGCCGGAGUGAGGACGAAACAGACGUCUUUGAGCCUUUCCCGAGGCUCCUUCCCGCGCGUAGAGUGCGUAGGCGGGGUGCGAAACGGACCCCUCGCCCGCAACUUUCCCCAGAUGCAGGUCAGGAGGCGGAGAAAGGGGGUUCGUCUUCCGCUUCCAUGGAGGAAAUUGGAGGAAAGAAAGCCGCGAAUGGAGCAGCCAUGCGGGGGAAAUACGUGCUUUACAAUGAAGGAACCAAGCGAGAGGCGACCGAUGCCGCGGUGCUGAUGUUUGCGGUUCGUCGAAGUUGCCUGGAUCGUGAUUUUUUUAAGCUGCUGAUGCAGGGCGGCGGCGAGGAUGGGGCCUUUCCCCCUGUGUUUCGUCAGGAUAGCUGCGAUGUUGAGGUGCCUAUUGAGAUGAUACGGCGGGCGCUGCUGCACUUCUUUCGCGUGAGAACACCUCAAGAUGCAACGCAGAUGAAGUCAAGUUCGUCAGAGAGUGAGGUGGAGUGUGAAGAUAAUGAGAGGUUUCACGUGUAA